AUGAAACGUGGCCGAGGUAGCGGAAUCAAGAGCAAUUUCGAUAGGCAAGCUUUCAAAAAUAAAUUCAAUCAAGGCAAGGACAACAGUAUUGCAACUGGAGUUCCAAAUGCUUUAUUAAAGCAAGCAAGGAAAAGUGGAAGUUUGAAUUUAUCCAAUAGAUCAUUAGCAGAAGUGCCAGAUGAUGUUUGGAGAAUCAACCUGGAUGCUAGUAAAAGCCAACAAUCCUCAUCGAUGGACAAUGACCAGGACCGUUGGUGGGAUCAGGUUGAGUUAUCUAAGCUAGAUCUUUCUAGUAAUCAAUUAAAAGCCAUCUCGGAUGAUGUCAAAUUACUCAACGCCUUGGUAGCUUUAGAUAUAAGAGACAACCAAUUGGAAAAUAUACCUGAAAGUGUUCGAGAAUUACAACAACUGAGUAAACUAGCGUUAAGUCGUAAUGCAUUAGUUGGAUUACCUAAUGCCACCUGCGAUCUUAUCAAUUUGAAAAGUCUCAUGUUGGAACACAACAAACUCACUGAAUUACCAUCAGAAAUUGGUAAUUUGUUACACCUUGAAAUUUUGGACAUAUCAAAUAACCAGUUAUCUGAACUGCCACAUUCUAUACAAAAGUUAGCAUGUUUAAAAUUUCUCAAUAUGUCUAAUAAUAAAUUAGAAGUAUUGCCCUCGGAAAUAGCCUUCAUGAAAGGAUUAAAAGACUUGAAUAUAAGUUCAAAUAAGAUCAAGGAGCUAAAAGUUGACUUUCAGCUUCUGAACAAAUUAGAACGCUUAGACAUACGCUGUAAUCAUAUCGAAGAAGUACCCGUCUUUUCCACCGAUAAUACACUGAAAGAAUUAUACUUAGGCUCAAAUCGUAUCAAAAACCUUUUAGGAUCGACACUACAAAAGCUUUCUGUAGUUGCGAUAAUGGAUAUGAGCGAAAAUAAAAUUGAAUUUGUUCCAGAUGAAGUUGUAAACAUGAAGCAAUUAGAACGUUUCGAUUUAACUAAUAAUGAUAUAUCUGGUUUGCCAUGCAAUAUGGGUAAUAUGACACAACUGAAAUCGCUUAUAUUGAACGGUAAUCCUCUUAGAACCUUGCGUCGGGAUAUAGUACAGCGUGGAACCGUUGCAAUCUUGAAGUUUUUGCGCAGUAGAAUUGCAGGUACAAUUCCAGAUCUGGCAAGUAGCGUAGACACAAAUACGCAAGGCAAUACUCGGAUUAAUGCUACUCAUUCUUCUACUGGUUCUAACGUUGAUGCCUCUGAAAAGACCUCCGAAAUACCGGGUGAUUUAUGGUCGGUAGUGGCUGGUAGCGAUCAAAUUAGAGUUGUGGAUUUUAGAAAAAAUGUUUUAACAACAGUGCCUGAACCAUUAAUAGAAUUUUCUUCAAGAAUUGAGGAACUAUACCUCUCGUCUAAUAAAUUAUCUCAGCUACCAUCCAGCAUGGCCAAUUUUACAAAGCUAACCUACCUAGACUUAGGCAAUAAUCAACUUGGUAAUCUGCCCAUUGAAAUGGAAUCAAUGACAAAAUUAAGAGAAAUUAUCCUGUCAAAUAAUCGAUUUGCAGCUAUUCCCUCAGUUAUAUACACUCUCUCCAGUCUUGAAGUUCUUCUAGCGACUGACAAUAAAAUUGAAUCUAUUGAUGUAAGUGGACUAAAACAGCUCUCUGAGCUAUCGGUGCUAGACCUUCAGAACAACGAUAUCAAAGAAGUACCUCCUGAGUUGGGUACGCUAAAGGCGUUGAAAUCUUUACAACUUGGUGGAAAUCUAUUCCGCAUUCCGCGCGCAGCUAUACUAUCGAAAGGAACAUUUGCUGUAAUGGAAUAUCUCCGAGGUAGAAUUCCUACAUCUUAA